AUGGUCGCUGGGUAACGUUUGCAACAGCAUCGUUUUACACGUUAGAUGAUACAAUUAGUUAAUUAAUCGUGUUAUUUUUUAGUGCAAAUUACAUUUCAUGCAUUGGUAUUGUAUUACGUGCAAGAUGAUUCGUAAUAAUCAGUCACUUGUUAUUGUUAACUCCAAGAAAUAGUCGUGCUGGAUUGUUGCGUAGAGCUCGGAUAGCUAGAACGUGUUUUUUUACUGUUGAUUAUUUAACAAAUAAUCGUGUAUACCAUGGCUGGGAUAACUCCACGGCGGUCGACACGUAUCCCACAUUCUCACACGCCGAAAAUGUCGGAAAGAAAGAAGGGACUAUUUCAAAAUACUGAAGAGCCAAGUAGGGAGUCUUUGACCAAACAUCGGAGGCUUCCUGUGGUAGACAGUGAGAGUGAUAGUGAAGACUGUGACCUGGGCAUCAUGGGGACACUAGACUCUAGCUCGGAUGAAAAUGACAAUGGGCCGAGGACCCCGGAGAGAAAUAUAUGGCAUGAGACAAGAAGCCAAACACGAAAGCUGCUUAAAGAAAACCAAGAUCUGAAGAACUUUAUUAAGUCCCCGUUUACUUUGAAGAAGUAUCAAUCUAGGUACUGCCCUGAAGCAAAAUGUGCAGGCUCAGUGUCCACUCCAUGCACCCCUCACUUCCACAACCAUCCUGGCACCCCUUCGUCAACGCACUCCUGUGCGAGUGUCCAUACAACUUCGUCUACCUCAAGCCGAGCUCGUAAAAGUCUCGCAAGUCUCAUCGCUGACACAGAGAGCUGCAGCAGCUCCCUUAAAGACUUAAACUUUGACACAGACUCCGGAACUGACACUAAAGAAAAUACGCCCUCAAAAGUUCGGCGUUCAAGCCGCAAACAGAAAUCGCAAAAAAAUACCUUCUCUGGUGUCCUUCAUGAGCAACAGAAAAACACAAUGUCUCCAAUGAAAACUGCCAUAGUUUGCCUCACGAAAAUGGAUAUGAACAGUUUAAUAUCACCCACUCAAAUGCUCAAAACACCUCAUACUACCGAAUCUAACCAAUCUCCACCAAAACUAAGCCACAAUCGUCGGUCUGUAGUUGAGAUCAACGAAAGUCCUGAAUCUUCUUGUGAUGGCGAAAAAAGUAAUAAGAGACUACGUAAUGAAAGCAUCACAGAUCAAGGGCCUAUUUCAAAGUACCCUAGACUAGAAAACCCGGCGCCCAAAGCUCGCCUGUCACUAUUCAACAGUGACAGGCUGAAAGAAAUCCUAUCAGCGAAGUCUUUCUAUGGGAAAAGCAAUCCUGAACUCAAUACUAAUAUCACAUCAAAAAUUUCUAAAGCCAUUGAAGUAACAAACUCCCAUCCCCGUCGGCCAUUCUCGCAUUCCCGCUCUUCCCGUUGUAAGAGAAGGCCGGGUCAGAUUAACAUGGGCGUGAAACACAGGAUAAGGAAGCCUAAAGUAAACAAAGUGAGAAUUGUCAACUUGAGUGGGAGCAAAUCUUUGAAUAAUACAGCAAAUAACUCUAUGUUGAAUGCCAGUGCUGUCUCUAAUGUGAGUGCCAAUGAUACCUCAAUGCUGAGUCAGAAUUCUUCUCAGGACCUUGAAAAUGACAAAGCAGAUCCCUUUGACAAAGAAAAGCAGACAAUCGAAGCUCUCCUCAGCCAGUGGACCGAAGAGGAUAUCCCGGAAUCAGAACUCCUCUACUCCAAGCCCGAUGUCCCAUGCUUCAACAGCUCAGUCAUACAAGAAACCAAUCCUAUCUUUGAACCUGUAAAAGCGAUACCAGUACCCAUUCAAGACGCAGAGGUUCCUAUAAAUCCGGAUACGGUUAUAGUAGAGUUAGGAGCUAAAGAAAUGGCAACACAGGAUGUUGUGAUGUCGGAUGCUCAAGGGAGUCACAUGGCUGAUCACGGAGAAGUGCCGAAGAGUGGACAGUUCUUGCCAGUGGAAGGAGGUUAUAUUUUGGUGGAUGAAAAUGUGGAACCUGCAUUAUCAGGCGAUGAAGAGCUAACAGACUUGGACGCCAUAGAACGAGAAUUGAAGAUGUUGGACGAGCAGAUCCUGCAAAUGGCGCAGUCCAACAACAUUGAUCCUGAUGCUGUUCUAGCUUCUACUGAGACCUCCGUCGUACCUGUGGCAACUCCAUCGUCGUCGCCUCCCCCCACAAAGGAAGCUGAUAAGCCGCAGAAGCUGUUCCCGAUCUUCAGCAACCCCAACCCUGGCACCAGCACACCUGCCUCCAAAGGAUCCGAGAAAAGCAAGAAAAGUCUCCUCAAAACUGGCUCCGACCAGUACGUGAUCGACGCGGGACAAAAGAAUUUUGGGGCGACGCAGUGUAACGAGUGCGGAGCGAUAUACCAGGUCGGCGAUCCACAAGAUGAACACGAUCAUUUGGUGCAUCACAACGCAACUGAUGUUCUUCGAUUCAAUGGCUGGAAAGAAGAAUGCGUGGUGUACCGCGACGAGUGGAGCCGCUGCCUGCGCGUGCGCGGCGCGGACGCGGGCUGGCGGCGCGUGGCGGCGCUGCUGCGGCGGCUGCUGCACCCGCAGCUGGGCUACGGGGCCGAGCUCACGGGGGAGCCCCACGCCUACACGGCGUACCUUUACAUCGUGAAGAAACAGAUAGUCGGGUGCCUGGUGGUGGAGCCCAAAGUGAAGGCAUACAAGCUGAUCCCUGGCGAUCCCGACUGCUGCAGCGUGGAACACUACCCCGUCAAAUGUGGCGUAUCACGUAUUUGGACGCACAUCAACCACCGCCGCUCUGGUAUCGCGGGCCGCAUGCUGGACUGCGCGCGGGCCUCCUUCUUGUACGGCGCCGCCUUGAGGACCUCCGAGGUAGCCUUCAGUGCCCCCACGGCCGCUGGGAAGGCCUUCGCCACCAAAUAUUGUGGCACAGAAAACUUCUACGUGUAUUUGGACUGAUUUUGUGAGGUGAUGAGUCCAGAUAUAGCUUUUAGUAUACCCACGGCCGCUGGAAAGGCCUUCGUCACCAGAUAUGGCGCUACGGAAAACUUAACGUGUAUUUGGACUGAUUUUUUGAAGUUAUAAUGGUUUAGUUGGUGUAUGAAGAGACAUUUGAGCAAAAAUUGCUAUGAAAGUCUGGUGGACUGAUUUUUGUGUUGGUAUUGAUUGUCAUUUUAAAAUUGUGGGUCAGUGAUGAAUGUAAAAUGCCAAUAAAUACUGGCGAACUUAAUAGUGACUUGUUGGUUUGAAAAAAUAUUUGGAAGAUGCAGAAUUCAAAAAUGUAUUUCCACAAUUCAUUUUUGAAUUCUAUAUUGUCUAAAUAUUUUUUACUACGAAUUCAAAUAUUCUUAAUACAUUUAAAUUUUUAGAAUGUGUGAAUGUGCAUAUGUGCACUUUUAGCUAACAAAAAGCUGUGUUAAAUUGGAAUAUUGUUGAAAUUGCUCAAAAGCAUCUUUUUAACGGAUACAUUUAAACAUUCAAUGAAAAAGGAGAACUUUUUUAUUCCAAUUUUUUUUUUUGUGCCUAGAAUGGGACCAAUAUUGUUUAAACUAAUUUUAAGCCUUCUAUAUUAUGUACUGAAGGAUUGUUUAAUUAUCUAAGUGCCUUAGUCAAGGUGUGCCAAUAUAUUUAAUGUUAGUCAUUAUGAGAUUUUUAGAUGUACUUUUACUUUUUGAAACUUUUUAAUGACCAGUUACUAAAUUAUGCUCAACUCCUUGGGAGAAAUUUUAUUGGCAAAAGGGGACAAAAUGUGCCAUUGACUUUGUAUCCGGCAUACAAGUUGACCAAUGCGCAGUGUGUUUACAGCCGGAAGAAGACGUUAAGGCAUAGAUGACGAUAAAGCGCGGACCGCAUUGCCAUUUUAGGUCAACUUAUAUCCCGGAAAUCUUACAUGUUGAACUUUUCUAUAUAAGCUCUCUAGUUUUUUUUUGACGUUUAAAUACGCUUAUUCUGCUUAGUUUUAUGUACUUAUGUAAGGUGUAAAUCAGAGUUGUUUUAUUUAUGAACAUGUCUAAAUUUAUAGUUAAGCUACAACAGGAAACGUAUUUUCAUUUGUGGCAAAUGCUUUUUCACGAACCAUUAGUUGCUUGACUAUAUUUUUAUGGAAUAUCCAUACAUAGCUUUGACGGCGUUUAUAGAAUAAUAUUCUGGAAUAAUGGCAUUAGUGUUUUUAAAACUAUUUUAUUUAUGAUAGAAUUGAAUUUCUUAGAAAUUUUUGUACGACUUUGCAUUUAAGAUUAUGGAAGCCUCAUAGUUUAGUGGCAAGUCCAAAGAUAUUUUGUACCUAACAUUGCCAUAGACUUGUAAAUAAUAUUUAUUUGUAGAAUUGAAUGUUCUACAUGAUCCUACUCAUACAAUUUUAAGUUAACGAUAAUUAUUAUUUCUGAUAUUUCAGAAUAAUUUUAACUAAAUUUCUUUUUAAAUUUUGAUUUAUGUUAAGUUGCAUG